AAUUCUCAAUUCUUCGAAACGGCGGUUGAACAUCGUGCAGCAUACCAUGACACCAAGCAAUCCUCUAUCCCACUCCAAAAGGGGGGAAGGAGCACAAGACGCAAUCCACCUUCUUUCUCGGGAUUGCCGAGACCAUGUUUUUGACUUUUUGUCCUUGUUCGACUGCCUCAGAUACGCCGAAACCUCGCGAGCGAGCCUCGAGCACGUSAUAGCCGAGGUCGAUCGUCGUCGGCACGAACAAUUCCUCGUCCGUCCUUGUGAGGAGUACGCUUGCGGUUUGGAAAAGAGCUCGCCGUUGAAUGCGAUUCGAACUUCGGCACUGCCAMCCGGGGACACGCUGUUGACACCCAACAGCGUCGUUGGUGGCAGCGRAAACGACGGGGCGGCACCGGCAGCGAACGACAGUGGAAGAGAGUCCUUCCUAUACCGCAUACCUUCUCACGUGGAAAYUCUGCACGCGRUCUACAGCCCCGAUGUGGAGGUYCCGGAGACAAGCACGUGGUUUACCUUGCCUUCGGUCAUGGAACGCAUCGAGGGGCUCUAUCGAAAGAUUCCUAUUUCGCAUCCGUUCAACGACGAUUUGAAAAACCUCGUGUCGGACUUGAAGCGAACAACUACAGCAGCGCAGGAGAAUGCGACCRGAAACCAUGGUACCCUACUGAAACGCUUCUCUUCGAUCACCCGUGCGCAUCGAUUGCACGCAUCUUUGCUSCGAAGAUGUACCGUGGAACUGAAUCCCGAUCCGUACGUCGAAAACUUCAAUCCCAGGGGCAGCGACGAUGAAACGCUCACCGUGACCCUUGAACGGUACAUGGGAGAUGUCUUGGCAGCAAGUUGCUUGAUCGGGCACUCCUACCACAACGGCAACGGCCACGACGACAAUUUUGAGUACCCAACCGAUUACGAUGGCGAGAAUUAUGGCAGCAAAACAAGAGUGGUGGUAGAGGGAGGUCCCUCGUUUGGUCAGUGGACAGACCACUUGGCGUCGUUCGGCAGCAUUCGAACCAGGGSUGGUGAGGGCGCAAAUCCAUCUGCUGUCGUCGAUGGUACCAGUUCCACGGAAUCAACAUCUGGUCCUGAUCGAACGGACGAAACAACRUCGACAAGUGAAUGGUACCAAUGUUGGGUUUUCUUGCACAGUGUAUUACUACAAAGCUCCCCAUUUACGAUUCAUCAAGCCCAACAUUUGACUUUUGGGCCCGUCUCGGGAGUGUUGGAACCUAUAGAUCUAUUCCAUGAUCCACACGCUUUUCUUGAAGAUCCAAACAAUGCCGCARGACAAUUAGAGCAACUAAGGGAGCAAAUGAGGGAGCAUCCAGAGUAUCGUCCAUGGUUUCUGCCAUCGAUAACGUAUUCGUGUAUGUUUCCCCUCAAUGAAUUGAUGRCGUUUCUCCAGCGACUGCGGGGAUURUUUCCUCAUAACUUGCGGGACCGAAUGGAAUAUGGKUUCGGAAAUUUCGAGGUGACUCUGAACCACUUUGGUCCUCUCGGUCCUGCCUUUCGAGGACGCGAUCGGGUUGCAACGCAUGCGAUGCUGCCACACGAAAUGUCCAAGAGACUGUUAGAAAACCAUUUGGCAUCUUGGUAUCUCCUGAACAUGCGYAGGAAGCCCUUUCUGGGAGCGCCCCAAGGACAAGUCGAUGACAUCAAGAGAUGGCUGAGCGAUUCCGAUCGGCAAGGGGUGKUGCCAUUUAUGAAGCUCCUGCAGGAACAAUCUCAAACGACACGACCCAUGACAGUCCAACCCCCGCUCGUUACCAUUCGGGUGACCAAAAAUACAGGAAUAAAUGUUGUAUUUGAGUAGAGAUGAUGUUUUCUUUGGAACGCCGUAYCCGCUAUAAAUUUUAMGUAUGUUU